AUGUCCCUGUUGGGCGGUGAGAAUGUUAAGCUGCUGCAAAAGCUGUUCAAGGCAAGCGAUGAAGAUUCCUCGUCCGAUGAAGAACAACCUGUCCAAGACGUGCCACAGCUGGGUCCCGGAGAUAUUGGAGAACCAGCCACAGUGAAGCCGAAGAAGAAACCCUCCGCCGAUCCGGCAGAACACGUGAAGCCUUGCUCCUAUGCGCCGCUCGAAACACACGCCCAUCCGGAAGCGGAACCGCAACCCCAAACGCUCGAGCAAUGGGAAGCGCAACAAUUGCAGCAAGAUCGUGCCCUGUUUGACUCACGCAAGCAGCCCGAAUAUCGGAUCUCCUACCGGCAAACGGUCGCCACCGAGGACAUCUAUCUGCAGAUGAACUGUAAAACGCCAGCGACGGCCAGCUGCGAGAACAUGAUUGUGGAAGUGUUGCUUACCGGCGAGGACGACUCCGUCGGCAUACAUCAGAUCGAGCUCGAGGUGAAGGAUCAGCAGGUAAUUGUGGGAUCGCCGAAGUACCGGCUCGAUCUUACCCUGCCGCACCGGAUCAACCCGGACAAGGGUAAUGCGGCCUGGCUGUCAGAGCAGAAAACGCUUCGCCUUACGUUGACGAUGGUACGCGAGCUGGAUUUCGUCAACUUUUAA